ACUCAGGAUAUGAGAGUAUCUUUUCGUUAUAUUGAUUUGUCAAACCAAUUUGAUUAAUUAACUUUCUCUCUCUUUUAUAAAGAAGCCACUAGUCUAUGAUACAACAGAUCUGUGUGGCCAAGUGACAUCCGAUUGUGGUUUCAAAAUGGUAUUACAUUUAUGCUUUUUAAAACUUACUUUCCAGAUUCUUCUGCCCAAUAAACUAUUUUGAACCUCAUGGGAAACGUCUUUGACAUUCUCUCCAUCAUCUGGACAAUUUGCCCAGUUGAUUGAGUAUGACAUAACCAGGACGAAGAAAGUUUAAUUAUCAGCUCAUCUUCACAGAAUGAAGCUAAGCGACCUCCUCUACCCAAGUAAUCCAAAAAGACGCCAGGAUGUGAUUGACCUGCACCAGGAACUCCUUGAUCUCAUGAAACUUAAUUUUAAAGUUACCAAUGAAUUGAUUCGAACAAUGAAGGAACAUCUUGGAGCCAAGAUUACAAACAUUACAAUAAAAGAGAAUGGCACCAUCAAAGAGAACUGUGACAUUAUCAUUCAAGCCAUGAAGUCUAUUCAACAAGAAGUACAGAAGCUUGAUAAAGAAAUGAAGGAGAGACUGGAGCCAGGGAUGUACCAAAAGCUUUAUGAUAUCAAACAACCUGAGCUGGAGAAAAUAGCAAUAGCUUAUCGAAUUCUCUCUGCUAUACUUGGAGAGGCUACUACUUCUGCAGGUGCCGUAGGUAUAAAAUUAAUAUGUUCAAAUAUCGUAAUAGUUACAGUUAGUAAAUUGGUUGCUCUGCUUGCUCAAAUUGGGAUAUCUGUCCUUGGAGGCAUUGCCAUUCCUAUCUUUGCUUUGGGAAUUGAUGUGAUUCUUCAUGCCAUCCUAGGGGCAGUAGAAAGAGAUCAACUUCUAGCAUCUAUUCAAAGUUAUGAGAACCAUCUAAUUGAAUUUAGGGAAGCUUCUGAGACAUAUCACUGUGCCAUCAAUGAAAUAAGUGCACUGGUGAAGGGCAAUGCUGAGCUAAUGUGAUAGAGAAAUACUCCUACUCAUCAGUGACCAUGUGCCAUGAUAUAUGGCUAUCACUCAUAAUGCACUUGACACAAGUUUCCUUUUGCUGUUAAAGUGGCUAGUUGCCUUCUGCAAACAGUGAUAUGAAGCUGGGUACUAAGUAAUUUAUAAGCAGUAAGUUAGAAAUAACCGGUUUCUGUAGAUCUGUGAAAUGGGCCAAUGUGCUUAGUCCAGUUUAGUUGCUGUACAAGAAAGGC